GUAAACGUUAAACGGUUUAUUUUAUUGACUUUCCGUAAUCAAUUUGUUCCAUUUGAAGUCGCUACUAGUGUAUCAGUCUUCUAGGUUGUGGAGCAUACUGCACAAGUAGGAUGCUUACCUUUUAACUGAAGGAUGAUUGGCCAGCUGACGGACGCUGAUAUGGAUCAGCUAGAGACGUGGAUAGGAACAGGGCCAAAAACCUUCACCCUACUGUACAAGAUAACCAGAGAUGGGUGUGAUUCCGCCAUCUUCCACCAAAAGUGCGACAACCAGGGUCCGACUGUCACUGUGCUGUAUAACACCAGUGGCUCUGUGUUUGGGGGGUACGCGGGGCAGAGCUGGCAUAGCCAGAAUGCAUGGAUAAAUGACAACACCGCGUUUUUGUACCAGCUUCGGUUUUCUGGUAAUCAACAAGUAAAUAAAUUUCCUGUAAAAGGUAGUAACGCAGUUAAUACUUAUUAUGAUGGUCCAUCUCACGGACCACUGUUUGGAGCCGGCAAUGAUCUGUUCACAUUCACUGAAAAGAUAUCAAACAAUAGCGGAACCUUUGCACUGAACGGAAGUAUGGCAUUUAGUUCAUACGACAGCAAGGGGCUUACCACUGACCAGAUCAGCAACGGGCAUAUGAACGUCACAGAGUUGGAGGUCUACAAAGUGACAGAUGGAAUGCGGAUAGUGAAAAAAGAGACACCAAAGGAGGUCAAACCGUGGCGAAAUGCUCCAGAACUCAACGACAAGCUCCUCGACCAACUGAAAGAGGAAAUCGCCCAAAUCAAGCCUCCGAGUGACCUAGACCUGACCGACAUCCGAGUCCUCCUUCUUGGUCCCGUGGGGUCCGGCAAGUCAAGCUUCUACAACACAGUAAACUCUGUGUUCCGGGGACGCAUUUCACAGAGGGCGCGGUGUGGCACUUCCGCUCACAGCAUCACCACAGCAUACAAGCCGUACACGGUGAGCAAACAGGAUGGCUCUCGACUCAAAUUCCGGUUGUGUGACACGCGCGGCCUUGAGGUCAGCCAGGGGCUUGACAUGCUGGAGUGCAACUUCCUGUUGGACGGUCACGUGCCCGACCACUACGAGUUUAACCCGGCAACCCCUAUCACCCCUGAGAGCCCGGGGUUUAUACAGAAGCCCGGCCUUGCUGACAAAGUCCACUGUGUGUUAUUUGUCCUUGAGGCAAACACGGUUGCCAACUUGCCAACGAAACUCGUGGAAAAGAUGAACAGCUUCCAGAAACUGAUGAACCAGAAAGGUAUCCCACAGGCUGUCUUGCUGACAAAGGUGGAUGUAGCGUGUACAGAGGUCGCGGAAAACGUGUCCAGUGUCUUCCGGAACACAAACAUGGAAAAAGCCGUGGACACAGUUGCCAAGCUUCUAGGGUUGCCACGCAACAACGUACUUCCGGUAAAGAACUACGAGAACGAGGUUCAGCUGGAGGCUGCCACAAGCGCCCUGGCCCUGUUGGCGCUUCGACAGGCUCUCUACUUCACAGAGGACUUUCUGGAGGACGUGGUUGAAAAGAGGGCCUCCGCCAAGGCCGCUCGGGGAAGGGGUACAAGCGGGGGUAGUGGGGAAAGCAAGGGAGAGAGGGUGGAGAUAGGGAGUGAUAGUGCUUAAGGUGGUGGAUGGGGAUCAGGGAGAAGUACCGGUGAAGAAGUUGUGGAGGGGUAUAAGGGUUGGGAGAGACUCGCAACUAGAGAGGAGGGUAUAGCAUAUAACAUGAGGAAAUAUAGAACGCCAAACAUACGUACAUAUGUUCGCAUUAUUAUUAUUAAUAUUAUUAUUAUUAAAACAUUGGUUGGUAUGAGGUGUUCAUUUAUAGGCUCUGAAAUCUUCUUUUUUUGUUUGAACAUGUACAUAAAAUGUAUUUUUUUCUGAUACUGUUUUGCUAUCAACAUUUACUUACUGUGUAUUAUAUAUACUGCUGUUAUAUGUUUUAAGCCAUUAUAUCCAGCUGUUUUAUGUCUAAUACUAUCUCAUACAUGUUAAACAGC